AGUACUGAUAUUAGCGCACGCCAAUUUUGCUCUGCCGAAAUUUAACGAAUCAAAUCCGUUUGAUUCCUCAGCAAGAUUGACCGGAACAAUCAAAUCACUUGCUUCGAGACGGCGGAUACCUAAUCUGGAAAAUAUAAUUAUUAUAUAGUACUCCGUAAUAUACAAAUUUUCAAUUUAAUUUAUUGCAGAAGCAUUGAAUAUAUUAGCAUAGUCUUCAGAGAAUAGCUUUUACGCCAUAUGUUUGAUUCUCUGAUCUUUACUCAAAUUAAAUCAAGUCGGAUUUCGGUGCCAAGCUUUUCGAAUUUCAGAAAAAAGAGCACGAAGCGGUUGAAAAUGGCGCGUCCACCGGUUCUUUCUUUGGCUCUCCCGUCUGAAACUGGUCGCGUUCUUAGCAUUCAGUCUCACACUGUUCAGGGGUAUGUGGGAAACAAGUCAGCAGUGUUUCCUCUCCAACUGCUGGGCUAUGAUGUGGACCCCAUCAAUUCUGUACAGUUCUCAAACCACACAGGAUACCCGACUUUUAAGGGUCAGGUUUUGAAUGGAGAACAACUAUGGGACUUGAUAGAAGGUCUUGAAGCUAACAAUUUGUUGUACUACACUCAUUUAUUAACAGGUUAUAUUGGCUCUGUUUCCUUCUUGGAAAUGGUUUUAAGAGUUGUUGAUAAGCUUCGGACCAUUAACCCUAAACUUGUUUAUGUUUGUGACCCUGUGUUGGGUGAUGAAGGAAAGCUCUAUGUUCCUAUGGACCUGGCGUCUGUGUAUCGUGAAAAGGUUGUCCCUGUUGCUUCAAUGUUGACUCCAAAUCAGUUUGAAGCUGAGCUGCUGACUGGAUUGAAUAUUAAAUCUGAACAAGAUGGGCGGGAGGCUUGCAACGUUCUUCAUGCUGCCGGACCAUCAAAGGUUGUCAUCACUAGCAUAAACAUAGAUGGAAAUCUACUUCUUAUUGGUAGCCACCAGAAGGCAAAGGGUCAAUCUCCUGAACAAUUCAAGAUUGCGAUACUCAAAAUUCCUGCAUAUUUCACGGGAACAGGAGACCUAAUGACAUCCCUAUUGCUUGGAUGGAGCAAUAGAUAUCCUAAUGACCUUGACAAGGCAGCAGAACUCGCUGUGUCAAGCUUGCAGGCACUCCUGCAGAGGACAUUGACAGACUACCAAAGGGCUGGAUAUGACUGCAAAUCAAGCAGUUUGGAAAUUCGAUUGAUACAGAGCCAAGAUGACAUUCGCAACCCUGAAGUCAAAUACAAGGCCCAUAUAUAUCACUAAUUUGUCUGCUUGUCGUCGUCACUAUUGUUUCUUCACUUGUAUUAUUGGUACUAGACACGAUUUUCAUUCAUUGCAAUAUAGAGAGAACAUAUUUUUUUUUGCUUA